UCCGUUAUCGUUUCACUCUCCUCUUUUUCCUCUCUCAAAAGGAGCAAAAACAGAGUGCUUACUUUUUCCCUCGAUUCUUUCCUCCUCUUUUUUCCCUCUGUUUCUUCACUUUAUUCAUACAAAAAUACUCAUUCGUCAUAUAUAUAUAUAUACAUAUAUAUAUAUAUAUAUAUAUAUAUACACAUAUAUAAUACAUAAAUAUAUUAAUAUCUGUUGAUAUGUCUCAUACCAACCUUUAGAUACGUAUACAAAUUUAUCUGUCGGUGAGUUUAAAGUGAUGAUGUCGCCGGUGGUAUAUUUGGUGUUUGUGUGUGUGUUUUUACCGGCGACGGCGACGGCGGUGGUGAGUGAUGGAAUGACGAUGACACUGCCGUUAGAAAGAGCUUUUCCGACGAGUCAUGGAGUUGAAGUGAGUCAACUCAAAGCGCGUGACCGAGUUAGACAUGGACGAAUCUUGCAAUCUUCUUAUGGGGUUGUUGAUUUCCCUGUUGAAGGCACUUAUGAUCCAUUUCUUGUUGGGCUUUACUUUACAAGAGUUCAGUUGGGUUCCCCUCCAAAGGAAUUCUAUGUACAGAUAGAUACUGGGAGUGAUGUCUUGUGGGUUAGUUGUGCUUCUUGUAAUGGUUGCCCGACUUCUAGUGGACUUCAGCAGAUUCAACUAGACUUCUUUGAUCCAUCAACCUCGUCAACAGCUCGACCGAUCUCAUGUUCGGACCAAAGAUGUGCUCUUGGAGAACAAUCUUCUGACUCUGGUUGUUCUACUCAAAACCAGUGCAGUUACACGUUCCAGUAUGGUGAUGGCAGUGGGACAUCAGGUUAUUAUGUAGCAGAUUUUAUGCAUUUCGAUACAAUCGUGGGGAAUUCUUUGACGUCGAACUCGUCUGCUCCUGUUGUUUUUGGAUGUAGCACUUCACAGACCGGUGACCUAACUAAGCCAGAUAGAGCAAUUGAUGGGAUCUUUGGAUUUGGGCAGCAGGGCUUAUCAGUUAUCGCACAACUUUCCUCCCAACGAGUGACGCCAAAUGUGUUUUCCCAUUGCUUGAAAGGAAGUAACGGCGGAGGUGGUAUCUUGGUGCUAGGUCAGAUUGUGGAGCCAAAUUUAGUUUACACUCCACUUGUCCCAUCACAGCCACAUUACAACUUGAAUCUUCAGAGUAUUGCUCUCAAUGGGCAGACAAUGCCUAUUAGUCCAGAAGUAUUUGAAACAUCAAGCAACAGAGGAACCAUAGUUGACUCCGGGACGACUCUGGCAUAUCUUGCUGAAGAAGCUUAUGAUCCUUUUAUUAAUGCUAUCAAUCAAGCUGUUUCACAGAAUGUGCGCCCACUUGUUACCAAGGGAAACCAGUGUUAUCUAACCACCUCCAGCGUCGGUGAUAUAUUUCCAACAGUUAGUUUGACCUUUGCUGGUGGUGCAACAAUGGUAUUAAGGGCUGCGGACUACCUUAUACAGCAAAACUCCAUUGGUGGCGCCGCUGUCUGGUGCAUGGGCUUUCAGAAAAUUCCGGGCCAAGGAUUGACAAUUUUAGGAGACCUUGUUCUAAAAGACAAGAUUAUUGUUUACGAUUUGGCUGGACAACGGAUUGGAUGGGCCAAUUACGAUUGUUCGCAGGCUGUUAAUGUUUCGUCAACCACAAGCAGAGGGAAAACUGAGUAUGUCAAUGCAGGACAGAUCGGUAACAACAGUUCACCGCGUAUUGACUCUUACAAGCUGUUAUUAAGCUUCAUUCUAACUUCUGUCUUACAUGUAUUAGUGCGUGGCACUAACUCAGUCUUGUAACAGCUUAGGUAUCAAACUGCUCAAUUUUCUCUUUUUUGUAUUUUUUUUAAUUUUUUUUUGUAUAGCUGACUGCCCUGUAGUUAUUUAUUUACAGCGAUCGAUGAAGAUCUGUCUUCAGAUCUGGAUUGCAAAAUUUUUAGGUGCCUUUAAUGGUAGCCUUAGAUAUGUUGUUUGUUCAACUUAUAGACUCAUGUAGUGGUUAAAAUUUCAUGUAAAGUAGAUUUAUACACAUGUGUAUUACAAUAUUAUCCGUAUAGAGAAACAUUUGAUUUUUUUGGA